AUGUCUAGUAAACAAAAUUGGAAAAUGAUGUCUAUCAAAGCUAUCAGCCAAAGUGAAAAUCCAGAAACCGUUACACUUAUUUAUGGAUGGAUUGGUUUGUUGAUGUUAAUGUAAUCUGAUUUCUGGAAUUUUUUUUAGAGAGAGAAUAGUUUUUGGGAACUUUUGAGAGAAUCUGAAAAUGAGGAAACAUUGGGGUGAACUCAAACAAUAAUGUGCACAAACAAACUUAUUAAAAUAACUUUUAUCAAAAAAGAACAAAUCCCGUGUUCAGUUAUUCAAAAAUGAAAAAAAUAGUUGAUCUAUGAAAAAUUCCCAAGUCCCUAACUACAAAAUAUUUCAAUUUUAAUGUCUUUUUUCUCCGUUUUCUUUCCCACCAUUGUUUCUUUUUUUUUCGCUUCUGAAAACGACUUUAAACCAUAUGAUCAUCAGCUGUUUCAAAAAAAGAAACGUUACAAUAAAUUCAACCUUACAGCAACAAAAUGGCUUUCUUCAUUCAUAUUGUUUCUUUUUUUGUUGUCCAAAAUUACAAACAAAAAACAAUGAUUACAAGCUUUUUUUCCUACCAACACCAAAAGAUGCCGAAUUUUAUUUCACAUACAUACAGACAUAUCUCAAUUAAUUAGUGUUGUUUGAUCGUUUAGCCGACGAACAGAGCUUCCAAGGGCAUUUACCUCAAAUCUGAUUUUAUUUUUUUUUAAUUCCAUUUUUUCGGUAUUAAAAAUAAAACAAAACGCGGAAGUUUUGGUAAGGAUGAUUUGAAGGUCGAGCCGCUAAAUUCGGAAGUUGAACCGAUUGUUUUAUCAUUCGAGAUGUUAUCUAGGAGUGGUGGCAAAAGGCAACACAAAAAACAAUUGCCUGUUUCGUGACUUCUUACGUUUAGAAAAAAAAGAGAUACAAAAAAAAAAGAUUGAGAAUUAAAAAAGAAAAGAAAUUAUGAUCAAAUAUUGUAUAGUCAUUAUUACACUUGACUUGGAAACUCAAAAGAUCAACAACGUUUGGGGUGGAAAAUAAUUGCAGGUUCACAGUCUUUGGAACUUUUGUACCUAUGAAAUUAUUGGAUGGAGAUAACCUAAUAGAGAAAAAGUUCAAAUUCAAAUUUCUCUGACAUCAUUUUUGCAUUCUUUUUGAGAGAAAAACCAGAUACUCAUUUAUUUUUGGUCGAGAUUUGAAGGCCAAACACAAAUUAAACGAGGAAGUUAGCACCGUAAACGUGAUUCUGCAGAAAGAAAACAUAAUAAAAUAGUAGUAAAUUGUGUUUUGUUUAUCAGUUGGAGAGUGAAGAUUUGGGUGGUCGGAGAAUUUGAACGGGAAUAUGGGGUUGAGAAGAAAAAAAGUUCCGAGAUUUUUGAAAAUGAAACAGUUAAAAAAUCUAUGGUAAUCUGAAAGAAUUAUUGAAAAAUUAUGAAGAUCUGUGACGUUCAAAAGUUAGAAUUGAAUUUUUGAAAAAUUGGGAGCCCGAUUUUCAGUACUGAUUAUAUUUUCAAAGUUUCAGAACUCCGAAAUGUUAUUCCGAUUGGGGGAAACAUUCUUCUAAUUUCGACAAUCCAUGAUCUGAAGCUCAUUCGAAUUUUGAGCAACAUAUUUCCGAUUAAAAGAUUCAAAAUCUAAUUUCAAUUUCUCAACACCUUCUUUUUUUUGAAUUCAAAGUUCGAGAUGUUGUUUCCAGAGGUGAGAAAAAAGAUCAACAUCACUUCCUUGUUAUCCUCCCCCCUCUCCGUUUGAAAUUUAUGGUGAUCUGAUUGAAUGACAUAACACACAAAAAAGUUGAGAGUGAAUAGGAAAUGAAGAGAAGAAAGAAGAACAGUAAGGCUUUUGACCUUGGCAUAUCUCUUUUCUUCCCGCUUCUCCUCGUUUUUUGUCUCUAUUCAAUCAGCUAAUGUAGAAACAUCUGCGUAUCAUCGGUACAUGUACUAUAUUGUUUAGUGUACACCCCGGUGGCAAAUACCGCCUACCGUGACUAUAAAAGGUGACAUUUCAGAAAUGGCAUUCAGUAGGUGUCUCAUCUCUCCAAUCAACAACAAAGGUAAGCCAUUUUUCAAACAGGAAACACACAUUACUUGUUUUAAUGUUACAUUUUUAUCAAUUUUUAAUUCUAUUCUUCACUAUUAUUUUCAUAUUUUUGUUUUUUAGAUGACUGACGUUAAACAACUCGAGCUUGAAGCUCAUUCUCUUCGCCGUGUGGCUUUCUUCGGAGUUGCUGUCUCCACAGUCGCCACUUUGGUCUGUGUUUUGUCAGUUCCAAUGUUGUACAAUUACAUGCAACAUAUGCAAUCAGUUAUGCAAUCUGAAGUUGAUUUCUGUCGUUCGCGAUCAGGAAACAUCUGGAGAGAAGUUACCCGCACCCAAGUUUUGGCUAAAGUUACCGGAGGAGCUUUGAGAUCCCGCCGUCAAGCUGGAUAUGAAUCAGCUGGAGUUGAAGGAGGAUUCUCUCAACAACAAGGAGGAUGUUGCGGAUGCGGAGUUUCAGCCGCUGGACCACCAGGAGCUCCAGGACCAGACGGAGAAGAUGGAUCUGAUGGACAACCAGGAGCACCAGGAAAUGAUGGACCAGACGGACCAGCCGCCACUCCAGCUCCACAACACGAAUUCUGCUUUGAUUGCCCAGCUGGACCACCAGGACCAGCCGGACCAGCUGGACCAAAGGGACCAUCAGGAAACCCAGGAAGCGAUGGACAACCAGGAGCCCCAGGAAACGCCGGAGGAUCAGGAGCCCCAGGAGCCCCAGGAAAUGCUGGAGGAGAUGGACAACCAGGAAACGCCGGAGCCCCAGGAGCCCCAGGAAAGGUCGUCGAAGUUCCCGGACCAGCCGGAGCCCCAGGACAACCAGGACCAGACGGACCAGCCGGACCAGCUGGAGCCCCAGGACAACCAGGACAACCAGGAGGUCAAGGACCACAAGGACCAGCCGGAGACAACGGAGCCCCAGGAGCCCCAGGACAACCAGGAGCCAACGGAAACAAUGGACCAGACGGAGAAACUGGACAACCAGGAGGUUGCGAUCACUGCCCACCACCAAGAACCGCCCCAGGAUAUUAA